AUGGAAAUCAUUUUUUUUUCGAUAUAUUUUACUAUCAUAACUAUCUUCAUUAUUUGGAAAUUAUUUGAAGAAGUUCAAUCACAAUAACUGUAGACACAAACUCUCAAAAAAGUUCAUCAAUCUUUGCAAGAAUUAGCUUAAACUUAUUAAAAUAAAUAAAAAUAUCAAAUUUUAGAUCAUAUCAAACAAAAUAUGAAAAUUUUGUCCUAGAUACAAGAACAAUUUUUAAAUAGUAACUUUCUAUGUAAUCGUAACCUCUACUAUAAACCCAAAAUUCAAUGA